AUGUGGACCCGACGCUCUAGCAAAGGCGAUGGCGCGAAGGACCGCGACGAUGAGAAGCGCAAGAGGAGCGAUUCAUCGGCGACGCGUCGAUCGAAAACCUCGGAGUCUGUCGUCUCUUCUGCUUCCACACGGAGACCCUCGGAACGCGAUCCGCGACCGAGAGCGUCUGAUAGUCCCGCAUCGAGCUAUGCUACCUUUGCGACGGCCAGGGACGACCGCGACCGCGACGACAUGAGGUCCAACGCCGACCUGUACGAGAACCCGCGCGAUAGCGACGAACCCAGACGACGUCGCCGGGACGAUGAUGAGCGCUCGACGAUAUCGCGCAGAGAUCGCUCGCGGAGUAGGGACCGCGGCGACAAGAACCGGAAGAAGGACAAGGACGGACGCGAAAAGAAGAAGAAGAGCCGGUCCGAGGCUGGUGGUUCCCGGCCACAAGAGAUUGUAGAGGCACCGCGAACAGGGGCCCGGUCUGUUGCCGGGCAGGUUGAGAGCGGAGAGUCUUCGCGAUUCCCAGAACAGAACGGACAGUACACGAUGUCCGGAGGACUGCCCGCUGGCACCCUGUCAUCCCAUGUACACAAUCAGUUCCCUGGACAGGAUCCGCAGCAGUAUGCGACACCCUUUAUGCCCCCCGGUCCUGUGCACACCGAUUCGUUUGGAGAGGCGGCAGACUACUACGGCGACCAAGGACAGUCUGUCCAGCACCAGCCCGGAGUACGGAUAGAGCGUCCUUCAGUUAUCAUACCACAGGACCAACAGCACUUGAUCACAGGUUCUGCCCAAGCCAAUCCGGUCGCGGAUACCGGAGCGGGCGCAGCUGCCGAAUUUUACGGCACUGCAAAUGCUGAACCACAACGACCCUCGAAGCCGCCGCGGCCAUCUUCUAUGCCCGGCGCCUUUACUGACGACGAGCCUUUACCUGCGAAACCACCAAGACCUUCUUCUAAGCCCAACAAACCAGGUAAAUUGAGCUCCGCCGCUACCUUAGCAGGCGCUGCUGGACUCGGAUACGCCGUUGGCCACGAGUCCUCCACCUCUCACUCCCAGCAAACCACAACACACAUAAACGGCGUCUCCGGUGGUUCCGCCUCUAUGUACUACCAAGGCGAAAAUCCAUCCACGGCGGCGACGAACGGUAGCCAUAAUUAUAAUGGGACCAACUACAAUGGGACCAGCAGCUACAUUCCCACUUACACCGAAGCGAUGGAAGGCAUUCCCCCACCGAAACCUCCUAGGCCUGGAAAACCCGAGAAGCAGCCGUCCGGCUCAUCCAAUGCAGGGCUGUACACUGCAGGCGCCGCUGGACUUGCAGCGUACGGUCUAGCCCAUCACAAUUCACACAGCCACUCUCACACACACGAUCACACUCACACACAUUCCAUGCCUGGAGGCUUUCCCGGAGAGCAUUAUGGCGUUUACGGCUCUUCUCCUAAUGCUAUGAUGCAGCGACACGAACAUCAGGGACCAGUCUCCAAAUUCGCAGAUUGGUGGAAGAAUUAUGAUGAUGUGCGAAAGAUGGAAGAGUACACAGAGUACAUUGGGGUCUGCAAGUACUGCUUUGAUCCGCGAUCUUCGCCCAUGGAUGCACCUCGUCAACAUCACUACAAUCGCCGGAAGCGUUCAGGCGAGCUACGCCCCUCUGGAAUCAAAGAGAAGCAUUCACGUUACGGCUUGCAUGAGAAGGCUUCACGAACGUCAUUGUCUGGCGACGAGAGGCGAGACAAGCGCAACAGCAACAGCAACAGCGCAGCUGGUUGGAUUGCAGCAGGUUUGGGUGGAGUUGGUCUUGCGAAAGCUGGACAAGCACUUCUCAACCGCAACAACGACUUUGACGACACCUACAGCAUCAAGUCUGGCCGUGAUCCCCGUUCCCGAACGUCUCGUCGAAGCCGGAGCCGCUCACGAGAAAGCAAACACUACUCUUACGGCCGAUCAGGGAUCCGACACCGAAGCCCCUCGCAAGAUCGCAUAUCGUUCAUGUCUACUGGAAUCACUGGCAAUCGCAAGGAUCAUAAAGACCGCAAAGACUACAAGGUCGUUCGCCACCAUGAUUCGCACUCGCGGUCACGCUCACAGUCCAGGAGUCGCAAGCCUGGCAUCCUGGGCGCUGCGCUUGGUGCUGGCCUGGCGGCGUCAGCUGUUGGUGCUUCGCGUAAGAAGCACGAUAGCCGGAGUCGAAGUCGCUCUUCUUCGCCUGGAAACGUUGUCGUGCGGCGUCGAAGAGAUAGUGGUGAUCGUGAGCGAAGAUAUUCAAAGAAUCAGCGCUUGAAGAGCAAGUCGUCCCGAAGUUCAGUUAUCAGUAGCGGCGCUUCUUUUGUUGACGUUUCACGAACUCAACAAAACCAGGGAGGCUUUCUGGGCGGCUUCUUCGCUGCUCCUGCUCCCAAGGAGAAGUUCAAGGAAAAGCGCCGGAAAACCCACAGCCACUCUAAGAAGAAGAAAGGGUUCUUCAACUUUGGAAACGCAUCGUCAUCUUCUUCCGACUCUGACAUUGCGUUUGGUGAAGGGUUUGUAAGGAGCAAGAAGCGUGCUGAGAAGCGUCCCUCGCGACGAAGUUCGGAGGAAAAGCUCAAUGCCACUCUCCUCGGACUAGGCGCGACCGCCGCGGCAAUUGCUGCUGCCAAGGCUGGACGUAACAAGGGUCGACAUCGUCCUGAGGUUGUUGCCGUUCGCGAAAACAGGCAUUCAACGCAAGGUAGGUAUCGACGCCAAUCCGGUGCUUCUCGCUAUGGUGAUUUGGAUGCGGAUGGCUGGGAGGAUCUUCCAGAUGACGGUACGUCUGAUUCAGGAAGCAUCAGCUCUGGUCUUGCCUUUGGCGACCAUGACUUGUACAAGACUAAGAGCAGGGAGUCUCUGAACUCCAAUGGUUCGGGUACCAGCAAGUGGGGUUGGCGAUGGGGCAGCAAGAAGCAGAAGAAGCCUUCAACUGAAAGCUUGUACAAUGCUAACGCCAACAACUCACUCAUCGGUCCUGCAGUUGGUGCUGUAGCCGGAACAGCAAUUGGCGCUGGGCUUCAUCGACAAGACAGCAGCGCCAGCAGCAUUCCUUCACUCCAAUAUGUGGUUCCCGUUCAGGCGCCCGCCGACCCCAAUUCUUUCGAUGCCAGACGCACAAGCUCUAGCGCCACGCCCCAACCGCUCAUUCAUUCUCAGAUCGCUCCACUGAGCAUCCAGCAGCCUCAGCCAAUUCAAAAGGUACCUGGUUCCAUCUACUCAACGCAAGCGCCACCUCAGCCUGGCUACGCCGCUCCCAGCGGGCCUCCAGUCUUUUCGCAACCUCCGUACCCUACUGCCUUCGAUUCCCCGCAGCAUCCAGCUCCGCCUCGCCGCGCCAAUUCAUCUCCAGUGCUGUCCUCUUCCUGGAAGCGUGAUGCUGCCAUCGCCGCUGCUGCUGGCGGACUCGCCGGCGCUGCGAUCUCUUCUUUGAAGAACCCGGAUCGCCCUCCUAGCUCUCAAUCUAAUGUGCGUUUUGGCUUCACCGAAGAUCAAGCGCGCAAAGAGCGGGAGCGCAUGAAGAGCCACGACGAUGAAGAGGACGAGCGGCGCCGCCGCCUUGACGAAACAGAGCGCAGGGAAGAGGAACGCCGUAGGCGUGAGCUACAACGCCAACAAGAGGAGGCGAGAAUCUAUCGAGAGGCUGAGCAGGCGAAGCAAGAGGCUGAAAUUGCUCGCCAGGAAGCCGAGCGCCGCCGCGAGCAAGAAGCAAAUGAGCGCCGGGAACAGGAGGAACGCAUUGCUCGCAGGGCCAGGGAGAAAGCCGAGGAGCAGGAGCGCCGUCAGCAAGAAAAUCGUGCUGCUGAGCAACGCGAGCGCGAACUCAGGCUUGAAGAAGAGCAGAAGCGCCAGGAACGCAUCGAACAAGAACGCCGGAUGGAAGAGCAGCGAAAGCGCGAUCGCGAACUGGAAGAAGAGCUUGAGCGGAAGCGCCGGGAACGUAAGCGCGACCUCGACUUCGAAGAGGAGCAAAAGCGACGAGAACGUCGAGAGGCGGAUCGACGAGCCGCUGAGCAACGGGAGGCUGAGCAGCGUGAAGCUGAUAUCCAGCAAGACUUGGAACGCCGGCGGCGAGAGCGCGAGGCAGAAGAAUACUCAAGCCGAUAUGAGAGUGACCGAGAGCGCCGCGCUCUUGAGCAGCAACGUACUGGCAGCUCUGUUGCUAGCGAUGUUCGACGCAAAGAACAAGAGCUCGAAGAGCGGGAGCGGGACAUUGUGCAGCCAGAUGUCUGGAAGAAGCCUGCCGCUGCUGCUACGGCUGCUGUAGCUGCUGCUGCGAUCACGAGCGCUGCCAUCUCGUCUUCGAAACACGAUGAUCGCCGCAGCAAGAAGAAUGAGCCGUCUUCAAGACGCGAUGACCGCCGCACCAAGACGAUCGAGCCACCUUUGGUCAAGACCAUAGAGCCAGCGGCGGUUAAGACAAUCGCACCAAGCAAUGUUGCUGUGGACUACGCGGACGAUGACAUUUUCAACCCCGACAUAUUUAAGAGGAGCAGAGCUUCUCCAAUCCGGGAACCUGGAAGCGCGCAAGAGGUUCUUCAAGAGUGGGAGGACCGAUACACUUCCAAGCAUGACCCGGUGUCGCAGGCAGACUUCUUCGCCCCGAAGGAACUGCUCAACAAGACUUCAGCUCCCGUGGCUAAGGUUGACCCGAACGAAGGAGCUCCUGAUCUUCACAUUUAUCGAGCCCACGAUGAUCAUGACUUCGGCCCGCCACGACGCCCGCCUUACCCUACUUCGUACUCGUUCACAGCGACCAAAGACGGCCGCGGACCAGUGAACGUGCCUUAUCAGGUCCCUGAGCUUAAUCUCAUUCAGCCCACCCCUCCUGGAAGUCGGGCACCCACACCACGCACUGCGUCGAUUCCUCCCUCGCCUGCUGUCGAGCCUGUGCCAGAGCCGAAGAAAGAAGAAUCUAAGCAGGACGAAGCAAAUCGGCGGGGCUCAAGGGUUAGCUGGGGCGCGAAUCAGUUCCACAACUACGAAGUCCUUACGCCAGACUCUUAUCGCGAGCAAUUCGUCUCUGACCGUGAUGUCGAUCAGUAUUCGAGACAAUCUCAAGACGAAAUCUACGUCGAAGCAGAAUCUCCUCAGUCUGGAAAACAGUACACAGCGUACCGGCCGGAGGAGCCAAGACUUCCCGAACCUGAAGUGCCCGCCAGCACGCAGUAUGUGCCUGACCAGGACAACGACGAUUGGAGCGGUACCAUGUCAAAGAAGGCUAGCAAGAAGGACAAGAAGAAGGCCAAAGCUGCCGCUGCCGCCGCAACCGCCACGGCAGCAGCAGUGACAGCUGCAGCACUCUCUUCACGGGACGAUGAUAGACAAGUUCUUCCACGGCACGACACUGACAACAUGUCUAUCAUGACCGACCCUUUCGCUGAUAAGUAUGCUGCUUCUACUAUAUCUGCGGCUCCUUCGACUAUGAGCACCUGGUCGACUCCGUUCUCCGAGUCCGCCUCUGAUGUCACGGUCAUCCCGGCCAAGCCCCAGGGUCCCAUUGUGCGCGAGAUCACUUCGGAGCCAGAGUCGAUGCAUAUGCCAGGCAGUUUCGACGAAUCUGCGCCAGCAACGGAAACGCCUAUAGAAGACGAAUGGACUGCUCCUAGCAAGAAGGAUAAGAAAGGUAAGAAGAAGUCGAAGAGCACUGACAAGGACACCGUCGCGGACCCCCAACCACCCAGGACAAUCGAACCGACAUGGGGACCUGAGCCAGAGCCUGAAAGGAAGGUCGUAGCUGAGUCAGAGAGCAAGCUGAGCAAGAAGGACAAGAAGAAGAAAAAGUCGUCCAUGAGCUAUGACGACUACGACUACACUGAUCCUCGAGACACGCCCAUCACGGUCAUCCCUGAACCUGAGCCUGUGAUCGUUGAUGAACGCAGGUCGGAACCGGGGAUACCUGCAGAAGAUGACUGGGCUGUUCCUGCUAAGCUAAGCAAGAAAGACAAGAAGAAGUCGAAAGGAGCUGCAGAGGAAUUCUUCGGUCAGCCUUCGUCAAGCGCGAUCAACAAACGCAUAGUGCCUGAGCCUGAACCCGUCGUUGAACCGUUACGAGAGCCUGAGCCAGAGAAGCCAGCAGACGACGAGUGGACCACGUCUGCUAAGCUUAGCAAGAAGGACAAGAAGAAAGCUAAGAAGGCCUCUAAGAAAGGCAGCAUCGACAACGUCGAUGAUAGUGAUACCAGCCCACUUUCUACACCCAUGGUUGAACGCGACCCAAGAGAUGUUGGCUCGACUUUCACAGGUGGUGUCUCGCUGGAUGACUCUCGAGGAAGCGGAAGCUCAAGCAGUGCGACCAAUGCUGCCAUGGCAGGUGGCUUCGCCACGCUUGUAGGCGCUGCCAUGAAGCAAGAUCAGGACCGAAUUGCCUCAGACUUCGAACAGGCCCGGGAAAGCAUGGAACAAGCACGGUCUCUCCCUAGCACGGCCUUCAAUGACGUAGAAGAGCUGGGCGACGUCAAGACACCUAAGAAGAAGAAAAGGGUAUCGAGUGGCAGGUGGUCUCCGACCAUAGGCUCUCCACUACGCUCUGAGGUCCAAUACGACGAUUACGUCGGUUCUCUCGUUAGGCGUCCUAAUUCAGACGCCGCUAUCAGGGAGGCUCCAAAACAGGUUCCAACCGAUCUCGGGCUGAGCCAUGUCUUCCCUGCGACAGUCCGAGAUGUCAAGGAUUCUGGAUAUUUUGCACCAGACGAUCCUGUUCAAGAAAAACCCGCCGAUCGCGACUCAGACGAGUUCUUCUCGGCAGGCUCAGACGAGCAACAGUCGGCUAAAGACAAAUCACCUCCAUCUGACAAGUACUCUGAUCGUGAGAAAUCAUCUCUCGUAUCGCCACCUAAGAAGUACGAUGAUGAUGAUUUCGACCGCGAAGAGCGACACCACCGUGUCCGCCAUGAGACUCGCUCUCGCUCCCAGAGCCGGAAUCGUGGCUACGAGCUGGAUAACGGUGAUUCGCCAAGCAAACGAAGGCACCACCGUAGGCGCGAAACAGAUGAACGUUCGGACGAUUGGGACUCUCGAUCGAUGAUUUCCGAAGCGCGAUCGGAGGCCACGGGUGAACGGCGUCGCAAGCACAGACAUCGUGAAAGCGACCGCACUCGCUCACCGGAAGAAUAUCGUCGCUCAGCUGCUAGAUCUGAACCGGGAGAUAUCGAGGACGAGCGCAAAUCUCACAGACGUCGAUCAAAACGGGACGACGAUGACAACAUGUCUGUUAUAUCCUCGCCGGCACGCUACGAUGAGGAGAAGACUUCGAAGAAGGAUAAGGAAAAGAAGUCAUCUGGGUUAUUUGGUUUGUUUAGCAGGUCGAAGGAAAAUCUGGCGGAGACCUCCAGCAAAUCUUCUAAGUUGAGAGAGGACGAAGAAGACGGGGAGCGUAGGCGCCGCAGGAAGAAGCAUAGGGAAGGCUCGGCAUAUGGCUCUGACGACGACGAUGCGCGAUCCACCAUCUCGUCGUCCAGUCGCCGUGAGAAGUCGCGGAGGAGUCGCACUGACAGUUGGGACGAAAAGGAACGCUCCUCCCGAUCACGCAAUGACGACGAAGACCAGGCUUUUUUAGACGAUCGGGCAGUGGCAGCCACACCACUGCCCGCAGGUGAGACUGCCGCUCGCACUGAAGAACCGCAGGAUAGUGGCAUGCCUGGCGAGAACCCUGAUCGUUCUCUUCCCGUCCUCGACACCGCAUCCGCCUCCCACACAGAGGCGCGAGAUGUCGAACCUCCUACUACACCUACAUUCGAUGACCCUCGCGAGUUCUUGACCAAGCUUACUGGCCUGCAACCGUGGCAGCUGGAAGCGUUUCCUGAUGAGCUACCUCCACUACCCGUCAGCAGACCAACAAGCCCUCUGCUACAGACCCCGGAAGCAUCAAGAAGCCCUCUCAACGAGCGAAGACUAUCAUCCACAUCCGUGCCUAUCCGCUUUCGCCGGCCUCCAGGGAGUCCGAGCACAACACGCGACGACCUUAAAGUGGACUUGAAGAACGCUUCCAGCCCUGGUACCUCGCCACUCCGACCACCAGGCCCUCGACAUGCGAAGUCGCAUUCCGGCGAGUUCGUCCACUCGCGCGAGUACAGACCGCUGUACCUCGUGGAGCGCAACCGCAAGUCUCCCGAGACUAUUGAAGAGGUGCUUCCAGCUCUGCCUUCAAGUGGAAGCCCGUCGCGAGCAUCGUCGACCAGCGGGACAGAAGACGAGUAUCAGUCAGCCUACGAGUCGGCACACGGGUCAUCACCCAGCGCCAGUGUCAGCGACGCUUUCGAAGAUGCGUUCGCAGACCCGUUCAACUUUGCGGCGCCUUCUUACCAUGCACCUGGACCUGAAGUGCAGCAUCUCGAGCUUGCGGAUCGCGAGAUAGAGGAGUUGACAGAGUCGCAGCAGACUACGCCUAAGGCUUCGUCGUUCCCGGCUGGUGUGCUGGAUUUCAGGAGGGAUGAAGCGACGUUGCCGGCUGAGGAUCUGUCUGCUAGGCUGGAGCAAAUGCAGCAUGGAGAGGCGAAGGGCCUCGGUUUGUCGAUGGAUGAGCCUGCUGUUCCGCUUGCUUCUUUAUCGUCACGGGUGCCCGAUCAAUUCCCCGGACAUGAUAAUGCCCGCUUUGCUACUCCUUUCAUGCCUCAAGGUUUCCUGCCUGCUGCUCCUUUGGCCCCAAGCGCACCCAUUGACGACGUGCACUCGCGAGAUUUCUCUACAUCUCGCAGCAGAGACCCUUCAGCAUCCCAGACAUCCUCACGUCUACAAGAUGCUGCUCUCGGUGCCCUGGUGGGAGGUGCCGCCGCGGCCGUUCUCGGCCAUCGCUCGCCAACACCUAAAGCAUUCGAAGACGACUUUAUGGGCGGCGAACCCGAUCAGGACACCAUCGACGCCCUCGCGACGGAGUCCGCACCAGCACCAGCACCUGAGCCGGAGGAGUCCAAGCGCCCCGCCCUCGUGCGCGCUCCUUCCUCCACCUCCAAUAAAACCAAGAAAGGCAAAAAAGGCUCCAAAGGAAAGAGCAUCGACUUGGGCACCGAACCACCCAAGGAACUCACCGCGGAAGCCUAUGCCAAGAUCCGUGAAGACGAUGCUGCGGAUGCGGUGGAUGGGUGGUUCAGCGCGCCUGUGCAGGAGCCUAAAGUUGUUGAGGAGGAGAAACCUGCGGUGGUCGAGGUCAAGCAGCCAGAGCCUAGUCCGGAGCUGCUCAGGAGGGAGAGCAAAGGGAAGGGCAAGGCGAAGAAGAAGAAGGGCAAGAAGGGUAGUGUCUCUGAGGUGGAGACGCCCGCCGAGGAAACUUUCCACCCUGAACUGCCCGAUGAAACCAAGAAUGUCGAGGAGGCUGCUCUACCCAAUUCGUCUAGGGACGCAGCUGAACUUUAUCUCCCCAGCUCCUCGAAGGAUGUACCGAAGCCACAAGACACAGGCUACGUUCCGGGCUCCUCCUCGUUUUUCAUCCCUACCUUCAACGACAAUGAAGACGCUUGGGACCGACCUCUCGGCGAAGACGACGCCACGCUCGUCGGCGAAGGCGCCGGUGUAUCCCCCGAGAUGCUGUCCAAGGAGUUCCGCCGCCAGAAACUGCUCGAUCACACGGUGCCGCGGGGCAAUGACGAGAUCGCUGUGCAGCGCGCGGUUAUCGGGUACGGCGAUGAUAGUCCGCUGGCGAAGGAAAUGCUGGCUAGUAAGCUGGAUCAAUUCGAACAACCCCCUGUGCCGAAACAGAGCAGUACGCUGUCGCUUGUCGCGCCGACGAGUAUUGCAAUUGAGCCUAUCGCGCACGAGCCCUCGCCCGAGCCCUCGCCCUCACCAACGACGACCGAAGCCGUUGAAGACGUCGUUUCUUCGUCUAAGAAUAAGAAAGACAAGAAAAAGGGCAAAAAAGGGAAGCGCGGUAGCCAGAUCAUCGAAGCCGAGCCUGCUACACUUCCCUCCGAGCCAGAGACAAAGACAGAUGCAGAUACGAUACUACCUGCUGCGUUGUCGACCGCCGAACUCGUCGAGCAGGACGUUCUCAAGCCCGCGUUCGAAGAGGUGCCCACUGCGGAAGAAUCCAAACCUUCGUACGACGCAGGCGAUGUAUCGCAAUACCUCGUUCCGUCAUCCAGUUCUCCUUCACGCGCGACUACGCCCAUCCCAUCCACUCUCCCUUCCACACUCCAGGAGUCGAAAGAAGUUGCCGAACCCGCGACCGCAGCCACGGACAAGAAAGCUAAAUCUAAGAAGAAGGAGUCAUCGCCUGAAGCUACGCCCGGGUGGGGCAAGAGCUUGUUCGGGGCCCUGGGCUGGGGAAAGAAGAAGGCGACUGCUUCUGAGGCGAAGGGGGUGGCUAAGGUGAUGCCUGCUGAGGAGGUUGUAGAGCCUAGGUUACCAGCCCCUGGCGUUGGGGAAAGGAGCGCUGGAGCACCUGAGGUAGCUGGGGGAGGUGUUGAACAGUCGAAAUCUAUCUCCGAGGUGUACGAUGCUGGCGAUGUGUCUCAGUAUCUUGUCGCUGGUUCAGGGGAUGCUACGCCUGAGCGCGUGGAGACGCCUAAGGUUGAGAGGGGGGUUCAAGAGAAGGCUGAAGAUGUCAUUUCGGAACCUGCGGUCGAGAUAUCCACAGGAGCUGCAGCCCAGUACCUUGUCGCUGGUUCAGGGGAUGCUACGCCUGAGCGCGUGGAGACGCCUAAGGUUGAGAGGGGGAUUCAAGAGAAGGCUGAAGAUGUCGUUUCGGAACCUGCGGUCGAAAGGUCGAUCCAAGAGAAGCCUGAAAAGCUUGUUUCGGGACCCGCGGUCGAACCAUCCACCGAAGAUGCAGCUCCGUUGGAAACCAUGCCCGAACCUUCUACACCCAUCGAAGGAGACGAGUUUAGACUGUCGAAGAAAGACAAGAAGAAGGCGAAAAAGGGGAAGGCUAAGCGCGGCAGUCUUGCGGUGUCUGAAGCGGCUGAGCCUGAGGCUGCUGUUGGCUUUUCUCCUGCGGAGGAUGAUAAGAUUGUGGAGAAGAAGCUUGUAGAGAGCGACGAGGUGCCGGAGGAGCGCAUAUCGUUGGAAGAACCGACGUCUGCUGUACGUGCAGAGUCAGAAGCACCUUCCGAGCGCGUUGCCGAUGGCUCGCGUACACUCGGCGUGAGCGAGGAAAUGCAACCGACCACAGCAUCCGCGCAAGACAGGCCAAUUGAAAUUGUCCCAACGCUUGCUGAAGCUGAAAGUCUUUCUAAUGAAAAGCCCGCGGAAGAGCUACCCACCGCCAUGGAGCAGCCAAUCGAAGACGAAUCGACACCUCUAUCGAAGAAAGACAAGAAGAAGCGGAAGAAGAGCAAGUCGGUCAGCUUCGUUGACACGAUCGAGCCUAGCACCGCGGACGUCUUCGAAGAACAGAAGGAGCAAGAAAGGUCCCAGGCUGAGCCUGAAGCUUCCCAUCAAGGCAUGCCCAGUGAGGAAGUCCCGGCUCCGAUCGACACAUCGGCUGAGGAUGAUGUCACUGCUCCUCUUUCUAAGAAAGACAAAAAGCGAAAGAAGAGCAAGUCGGUCAGCUUCGACGACACCAUCGAGCCUAGCACUGCGGAUGUUGCUGAAGAGCAGAAGGAGCUCGAGCCUGAAACUUCCUCUCAAGACAAGCCCAGCGAGGAAGACCUGGCUCCGGUCGAGACACCAUCUGAGGAUGAUGUCACUGCUUCUCUUUCCAAGAAAGACAAGAAGAAGGAGAAGAAGGCUAAGAAGGUAGCCAAAGAUGCUUCUGUCGGUGAUGACGAGCCCUCUAUAAUCCCUCCGACUGCUGGGUCUGCGACCGAGACCGUCACUCCAAUUUUCAGGGAGCAGCCUAGGGAGCUUGGCCUGCCUGCUGGGCCGUUGCAGGAUGAGCGCGAAGUCCUUGCCACUGAUCAAUUCCUUGAGGGAGCUUCAACACCUAUGCAAAUCGAAUCUGAAGUGCCCAGCGAAGACAAGCAUCUCGACGCAGCCGCCACGCCGAUUCAAGAGCAAACCGAGGAUGAGGGGGCAGCGCCUCUUUCUAAGAAAGAGAAGAAGAAGAGCAAGAAGGGAAAGCAAACGGCUGCUGAGCCUAUCGUCGCCGAAACGACCGAGGAGCAGAAAGACGAUGAUACGCUUGUCAAGGUGAAUGUGCCAGAACCCGCUGCAACGGAUCUUCCUGCGGACCAAGACAAGGCUGAGAUAACUACCGAGCCUGCUCAGAUCGAGCCUAUUACGACUACAGAAGAGAAGCCAGCCGAUGACUCUUCUAUUCGAGCGGACCCUUCACGCGAAGAGAUCUCCACAUCUGUAGAAACGCCUGUUGAGGAAGAGUCGACAGCUCUCUUCAAGAAGGACAAGAAAAAGGCCAAGAAAGCAGGAAAACGUGGUUCUGUCAUCGAUGUUGAACCUAGCACUACAGAAACCGCAGAGACCAAGCUACCUGUGGAGCCGAGCCAAGUCGAAUCUUCUACCGUCACUGAGGACAAGCCAGCGGAGGAACUGCCCAGGGCCACCGACACGCCAAUAGAAGAUGUUCCAAUGCCCACGGAACCUUCUCUUGAGGAGGAGCCUACCGUGCCUCUGUCCAAGAAAGACAGGAAAAAGAAGAAGGGCAAGAAGGGCGAAUCUGUUGACGCUGAUCCUAGCACCACAGAGACCGUUGAAGAGGCAGACACUAAGCUCCCUGUGGAGCACGCCCAAGUUGAGCCUGCCAUCACAGAGUCUCUCGAUGAGCAUAGGCCCGAUGUCCCUUCUGAGACUGUAUCAACUGAGCUAGCCGACUCCUCUAGAGAUCAGCCACCUGAAGAGCUUCCUACCCCCGCAGAAAUCCAGGUCGAGGACAAGGCACCGGAAGAUUCUACUACACCCGGUGACACUCAAGUCGAAGACGAACCGACGACGCCUCUCUCCCAGAAAGCGAAAAAGAAGAAGGCGAAGAAGGGCAAAUCAGUUGAUAUCGAGCCGGUUGCGACUUCCACUGCCAUCGAGGAGCCCGGAGAAACCUCUAACGACCAACAUGCUCCCUCCGCGGCGAUUGAAGAGCAGAAACAACCUGACGUCACCGAAACAUCUGCCAUCGACUCGCAGGAGGCGUUAGAACCAUCAGAUCCCUCACCAAUCGAGUCUAGCGUGCACGUGUCCGCCGCUGAUCUAGACGCGCCCGUGCACAGCGAGCCUGUGGAGAAACCUGCAGAGGCUUUGGCACCCGUGGAAGACGAUGAGUGGGCGAUGCCUUCGAAGAAAGACAAGAAGAAGAAGGGCAAGAAGGCGAAUGCGGAUGAUGUGCAGCCGGCUGUUCCUGCUUCUGAUGUUGUCGAGAAGGAGCUUGAGCCGCUUGCUGAGUCGCAGACUUCUGUGGUCGAAAAGACCGUCGAUGUUGCUUCAAGCGCAGCUGCUGAGGCUUUGCAGGAGCCCAUCGCGACAGAGCAGGUUGCUGAACCUGCGACUCCUGAGCCUACACAUGAUCAAAGUAGUCGCGAUGUCCCAGAGCUCACUGAGUCUGCUCCUGCCACAGCUACCGAGCCAACUGCUGAUGAGAGUGUCACGGCUACUUCUUCGAAGAAAAGCAAAAAGAAGAAGGGUAAGAAAGGAUCGAUUACCCUGGAUGUUGAGCCUAAGACACCUGCUACGCCGACCACGGAAGAGCCCACUAUUGAGGAAAGCAAGGCACGUGAAGUUGCGGAGGAGGUAUCGCAACCUUCGGAUACCAUCACACCCAUCGAACAACACGAUGUGAAGCCUUCGGACACCACUGAGGGUAACCCCCUCGUAGAUGACAAGUCCGUGGCUGCUGCUGCGGAGCCUGCUCUGAACGACGUCCCUGUUGAUCAUAAGACCACACCUCAACCUUUCGAGCCGGUCGAGGACGAAGAGGCUGGAUUGUCAAAGAGAGACAAGAAAAAGGCAAAGAAGGCGAAGGCUAGACAGUCAGGUACAGUCACACCUGUUGUACCUGAAACCGAGCUCGACGGUCGUGGAGUUGCUGCUGAAGACAAUGUUGCUACACCCGUCGCGCAUGUGGACGUUCAAGAUGCUUUUCAAGAAAUUCCCGCUGGGCCAAAGAUAAUUUCACAGGAUGUCUCCACUGAGCCUGAAACUGAGACAGCCUCUUCAGAAGUCCCUGCUGUGACUGAGGUUCAGCCUCCGCUUGAUGAGUCGAACGCCGAACAGGAACCUUCUGCAUCGCUUUCGAAGAAGGACAAGAAGAAGGCUAAGAAGACGGCGAUGAAGGGUCCCAGUGAGACGGAAACGUCGCCAGUGUCUACACCUAGUGAAAAGGUGCCACCGCCCGUUGAGCAGACCGUCUUCGACACAACGACUGUCUCUGAACCGCAAGACAUCGCCCGGCCGGACGAAUCUCUUCAGCGAGAAGCCACUAAUCUUGAACAAUCAGCUUCGGAAUCCACUACACUCGAACAACCAGUUUCAGAACCCACCAUCCUCGAGCAACCAGCUUCAGAAGUUCAGCCGGAAACACCUUCCGUUGAGCCAGAGACGGAGCAGAAGGAGGUUGAGGACGCCACUCUAUCCAAGAAAGACAAGAAGAAAAAGAAGAAGAGCAAGAGCGUCUCUGUUGUCGAAAGCGAGGCCACGACUCCCACUCAAGAGGUUCCAGAGCCUGUACUGGAGGCGCAAUCGUCCGAGCCUCAGACCGAAUCACUUUCAGCCGAGCCCGCGCCAGCGAAGACUGAGAAUGUGUUGGAAGAGAAGCCCGGGUUCCAGGCUGCGGAAACAGCCGUCCAAGAGCUUCCGAAGAGCGUCUGGGUCGACUACGUUCCCCCUCCAGCUCCAGCCAAAGAGACUGCUACGGCGAGAAAGAAGAGGCUGGCAAGGGAGAAGAAGGAGAAGGAAAAGUGGGAGGAGGAGCAACGCGAGCGGAUUGCUCGUGAACAAAGGGAGUGGGCGGAAGCGGCUGAGAAGGCUCGUGCUGCUGAAGUGCCCAGUCAAUCAUCGCUCGAAGCCGCCGUUGAGGAAGUCAAGGAAUCGCAAGUGGUGGAGCAGCCCGCUGGGCCUAUAUCUGAAGCAAAUACCGUGGACCAAGCAGCACCUCUAUCGCCAGCCGGUGAUGAGGACAAAGACAAAUCCUCCACUCCGACGUCCACUGUCGAAGAGCCAACUAUCGAAUCGAUUCAAGAAGGGAUUGAGGGAGCGCCGCUUUCGAAGAAAGAUAAGAAGAAAGCUAAGAAAGUGAAGCGUGAGUCUGUCGUCGAAGACAGCGAGCCCUCAACCCCAACACUGCCCGAGGAGCAAGCCAAGGAAGUACCUUCGGACGACCAAGUCCCUGUGACACCACAACCAGAGACAGAAACCCGAGACGAUCUUAUAACGCCAGCUCUUGAUAUCGUGAGGGACGAAGCGACACCCUCUUCAACUUUGCCCGUAGACGAGACUCUCGAGACCGAACAGACGCCGAUCGUGAAUACCAAGGAUGAGCCUGUUCGGGAAGAUGUAGCUGCCGCACCACUGUCCAAGAAAGACAGGAAGAAGGCCAAGAAAGCAGGAAAACGUGGUUCUGUCAUUGACAGCGAGCCCUCUACGACUCCCGGGACGCCGAUCGAGGAAGCCAAAGACCCCCUCUUGGUCGAUCCACUGCCGCCUCCAGAUCCAGAUCCGCCUGCCAACGAGACGCCUGCCCCCGAAACGCUCGCCCCCGAAGAGCCCAGUGCGCAACCUGAGCAAGUCGAACUCACUGCGCCACUCUCCAAGAAGGACAAGAAGAAGGCAAAGAAGGCGAAACGCGGAUCACUCGUCCAAGAGGAGCCUGCCGAGUCGCAGGAACCCGAUGCUUUUUUAGCGUCUGAGACGGGUGAGCGUCUCGUUGGUGAUGCAGAGCGCCACGAAGGUGGGGCUGCAGACACCAUACAAGCCGAGCAGGCUAUUGGAAGGUUUUUGGAAGAACCGCUCGCUGAGGAACCUAUGGUAGAUACGUCGAUCGAGGUGGAACAGGGACUGGGACCGGAAGCCAUUCAGGCUGAGCCGAUAAGCUCGACAACUGUCAAAGAUCAUGUGGCUGCGCCUGUGCUGGAUGGGCUGAAGGAACAUCCCGAGGAAAGUCCGAUUGUUUCCGCACCAGAUGACACUCAGGAAUCUCCCGAAGAUGAAUGGGCGUUUACAUCGACAAAGAAAGAGAAGAAGGGCAAGAAGGGGAAGAAGCGAGAGUCUAUUGCUGAGGCUGCACCUGAGCCUCCGACCGAGACUGAUGUCGCCCUGGCGCAUAUUCCUGCUUCUGAAACUCUGGUCAAGCCAACCCACGAUGACCCCCGUCCUACGUCCGAAACAGUGGCCGAAUCAAUUGCUGAACCAAAUCCCUUAAGCCUACUUGAGCCCGAAGUCCAAGCCAUUGAAGGACUUGACAAGGAUCUUCAAGUCGAGCCCUCCGAAGCCACCACGGCGCCGCCUGAGGAGGUCAUCAACGAUGAGUCGGAACUUGCGUCGUCUUCCAAGAAAAAGAAGAAGAAAGACAAGAAGGGCAAGCGCGCUUCGACCAUCGAGGAGCUAACACCCGAACUUGCAACCGAGACUCCUUCGGAUCAAGUCACCGAACAACAGAUUGUCGAAGAGCCUUCUGCUACCGUUCCCGGUCUAUCAGCAGCCAUUCCCGUGGCAGAGGAGCGCGGCGAAGAUCCGAAACCACACGAAGACGUACAAGUUGCUGAACCAAUUGAAUCCGACGUUGCCCAAACAUCUCGCGAUAUCGUUCUGGAAAUUAACAAAGAUGACGAGGCACAUGAGCCUAACGUGCCCGACCCAACUGAGCUUGCCCAACCUGAAGAGCCAGCAGUCGACGAUAGAACGCCACCAGCUAGGCUUUCCAAAAAAGACAAGAAGAAAGCUAAGAAGAGCAAGGAUCAAUCUGGUACUGCUACUCCGGUACCUGAAGUCGUUACUGAGGUGCAGCCUGAGAUUGUUGUGGAGUCAGCUGCUGUGCCUAGCGAUCAAGUUCAGCCCGAUGCUGCUGUGGAGACAACUCCCGUGGUUAGCGAUGAACUUACGGCAUCUGGCGAUGUCUUGCAAGCAGACGAUAUGGCACUACCCAAAGACAAGCCUAUCGAAGAGCAACCGUUUACCCUUGAAGAGUCAGCACCUGUGCAAUCAGAAGAGCUUCUACUUUCGCACGUGACCGAGCCUACAGCACCGCAAUUGGAGACGACGAUUCCACCCCAGAUUGACGACGUCCCUUCGGCCCUCGACGCGUCAAAGGAACCCCAGGAACCAGCUAAAGAUGACUUUGCUAGACUUUCAAAGAAAGACAAGAAGAAGGCGAAGAAGUCGAAGGCUAGACAAUCGGGUACAGCAACGCCAGUCACGGAAGAUGUACCUGAGCCAACUGUUGAGGCCGAACAACCUGUCGCCACGAUUGAGGACCAGCCCACUGUACCAACCGCCGAAGCGUCAGUGGAUUUUGCCGUCGAACAGAAGGCCUCCGAAGUGCAGAGUGACGAUGCUAGUAAAAAUGCUGCACUUAAGGAAUUGGUGGAACCAGAGUCCGCGCUUCUUGCCCCCGAACCCGAACAAACUGCCGAAACAGUUGCAUUCCCUGAACCCGUACAACAUUAUGUCGAUCCCUCUCCUGAACCUGAACGACCUGUGGAAGACGAGUCGGCUUCGAUCUCAAAGAAGGCUAAGAAGAAGGCUAAAAAGGGCAAGGGCAAGCUUUCCGAACCCGCAACGCCCCUUGCCGAGGAACCUCCCCAGCUCGAAGCCGAAAAGAACGACCCAAGCUCGCGUACUGAGGCCUCGGCUGAGGAGCCACUCAGUGCUGCAACUAGUGCUAAGGUUGAGGAGACAAGGGAGCUCGUCCCUGAAGUUCCGCUUGAACAAGCGCCAGUGGAACCUAUACGGGACAUCGUUGAGAAGGACGUACCUGCCCCCGACUCUACAGAACAACGUCACCCUACUUCGACUGCGCCUGGAACCGAGGUACAGACUGAGGAAGAGUUGUCCGGAUUGUCUAAGAAAGCUAAAAAGAAGGCGAAGAAGGGCAAGGGCAAGGUUUCGGAACCAUCAACGCCUAUCGUGGAAACCCCUCCGGAAGUCCAGGCUGAGGGGUCGAAUGAUGUCGUACCUGCAAUUCAGGAGACUGUGGAUGUUGUUUUUAGCAGUGAAGUUGCGCCUUUCCCUGAGACUGCAAAAUCAAGCUCUGUGCCCGCAGGACAAGACGACAAGAUGGCAGAACCCAUCUCUCAACCUACACCCGAGCAGGGACAGGCCGCCAUCGAUGAACAGUCUCCUCUCCCAGCGAAGAAGGACAAGGAAGAGAAGAAGUCUAGCACAUCAUCGGUGGUUGAUACCCCAGUGGAGGAGAUUGCUAACGUUCUUGAAGAGCCCCACAAAGACAUUGCGCCAGCUGAUGUUCGGCCAGAGGUCCAAGACAUUGCUACGCCUUCAUUUGAUACACCGGAAUCUCGCGAAAUUGCUGAGAAUCUCAAGAGCGACGAGGCUCAAAAUGUCGUCAUGUCUGCCGCCAAGCAGGAAGAAGCUGACGUCGAUGAGUGGGCUGCUCUACCUGCCAAGAAGAAAAAGGGCAAAAAGGGGAAGAAGUCGGGAACAGCGACACCUGUUACCGAGACGGAUGCGGAACGUCAGCCCGAAGAACAGCUUGCCCCUGAACCAACUAUCGAGGACACUGCGGUUGUCGACGUCGUUGAAGAGCCCGCACAGGAUCUUUUGGUACAAGGACCAACAGUUGAGCAGCCCAGUGAAGCGUCACAGUCGAUGGAUGGAGUCGAAUCCAAGGCCGAGCAGCUUCCAGAGCCGCAAACCGGGGAGCAGCCACGUGUUGAGCAGCCAAUCGAAGAAGACAAAGAUGCCAAUGAUGUUCAACCUGCCAUGGAGCCCGUCGCGGAACCCGAAGAUGACUGGGCAGCACCCGUCUCGAAAAAGAAGGCUAAGAAGAACAAGCGUAAAGCCUCUCUUGCUACUCCAAUCACGGAAGAAGGGCCUCCACCGCCAAUCGAGCCCGAAUCUUCAGCACAACAAGACCUUACCUCACCGGUCAUCGAAGAAGCACAGCCAACGCCAACCGAACCCGAAUCUUUAAAGCAAGAGGAUGUCGCCCAGAGGAAAUUCGAAAAUGUCAUCGAACCAAUUUCCUUACCUGGUGCAGAGCAAGACAUACCGACAGUGGACACAUCUUCUGCUCCUCCAGUCGAGGCUGAUGAUGAAUGGGCUAUCCUUGCUCCGAAGAAGAAGGGUAAGAAGGGCAAAGGCAAGAGAUCCGAACCGCAAACCCCCGUCGCUGAGAUGAACGAGCCUGUUCUUGAGCCCGUUGACACCACUCGCGAAGUCCCCGCAGAGCUUCAUCCCAUCGAAGCCGACAAGGAUAUCGAGCUAUCGCCAGCAGAGACGCCUCCUGAGCCAGUGCAGGUAGAUCCGAUAGAGACAGUGGAAAUUGAGAAGCCUGUACUGGAGCGCAAGCUCAGCAAGAAGGAGAAAAAGGCUAUGAAGAAAGCUGGAGGUUUCACUCCAGACGAUGAACCUGUCGCUGAAGGCGCAGCUCCACAGGAGCAGUCACUUCCAGAGCCCUUGUCUACCCAUGACAGUGCCGACCGAUCUGCAGGUCCUAUUAUCGAUAUUCCUGCCGUUGAACCUCGGAUUGAAGAAGCGCCGACACUCCUUAAAGAUCAGUCCCUGUCAGACACUUUACCUGCGCCUGAAGCCCAGUCUCCAACCGUCGAUAAUGUAGCAGAGUCUAUCAAACAACCCAGCGACUCUCUGCCGAAGGAUGAGGAGGUGGACGACGAAUGGUCCAAUUUUGCACCGAAGAAGGGUAAGAAAGGGAAGAAAAACAAGAAGGCUAAGGAUAUUGAAGAGGUCGAGUCACAGAUCCAUGAUCCAGUCGACCUGCCCAAGGAAAGUGUGAGGGAGCCCACCAUCAUUUCCGAUGACCAGAAGGAAUCGUUCGACUUCCCCAUCAUAUCACAGCCUUCAGACAACAACCGUGAGCUCGCGGAUGACCCGAUUGCGAAGUCCAAUCUUGGCAAAACCGCACCUCAGCUGUCGACAGAACCUGCCCAAGAAGGCCUUCACCAGCCUGCAACUGAGGCUGAAACUUCUCGUGAGGCGCCAACUACCACACUCGAGAGAGCCCCAGAACCCAUGGAGCCUGUUGUCGAUGAUGAAUGGGCACCCAUUAGUCGCAAAGCUUCCAAGAAGGACAAGAAGAAGGGGAAGAAAGCCAAAGACACAACUUCUGAGGAAGUCCAGGCUAUUAUCGAGCCGAUCAUUCCUGCUACCGUAGAACCUGAACAGCAGACCGAAUCGCCUUCCGCCAUCGAGCCUGAACCGCAGCUCGAAAAGGCUGUUGAGAUAUUGCCCACCGAACCGGCUACGGAGCAAGUAGAUCUAACCGAGGAUGCACCGAAGGAGGAGCAAGACGAUGAUUGGGCCCUUUCUUCCAAGAAGUCAAAGAAAGAUAAGAAGAAGGGAAAGAAGAGCAAAUCUACUUCAGAAGCAGCCACGCCUAUCAUUGAGAAGGAAUUCGAGCUACUUCCCGAGCCUGUGGCUGCAGAUGCUCUUACCACUUCAACCGACGAAGAGCUCAAACGUGACGAACAACUUCCUUCCUCCGAGCAGCCAAUAAGCGAAACGCUUCCUGAGCCUCUUGCUCCACGUAUUCCCGAGGAUGUGUCUGCUACGAGCGCAAUCGAGCAAUUCACUAUCGAUAGCCAAACAUCCACUACUCAAAAACCUCCACUUGAGCCGUCUACUACUGAUAUCGGUGUCCCAACAGACCAAGCUGAAGCGGCCCAACUCUCACCUUCGCUUCAAGCAGUCCUGGAUGAACUUACUGACUUCAAACAACGUUCUGAAGCCCUUGAUCGACAAUUGACGGAGGAUGACGCUCCUGAACCUUCCGCUUCGAAACCUCCAUCAAUGUUCGACGUGGUUAGUAAGCUCAGCAAGAAAGACAAGAAGAAGGCCAAGAAAGGCAAGGCCGCUGCAUCUGAACUGUCCGAACCUGUUACACCAGCCGAGCCCGAAGUCGUCAUGGAGGCCAAGGACAUCGCUCCUGAGCCCGUUUUCGAAGAGGAAGUACCACCACUGUCGCGCAAGCAGAGCAAGAAGGACAAGAAGAAAGCCAAGGGUGCCGCUCUUAGCUGGGAUGAGCCCACUGAAGAGAGCACCUCAGCCUCGGCUUCCGAACAUGUGGAUACAAUCAGCGAGCAGCCGGCCGAGCAGAUUGAGCAACAUGACGCCCCUCAGGGGGCCGCCCUAUCGAUGCCUUCUGUCGCUGCAGAAACCGACGUGACUCCUCCAGUGGAACAAGACGCCAAAUCCAUCGAAGCUCCUGCUCUGUCGCGCAAACUCAGCAAGAAAGACAAGAAGAAAGCGAAGCAGGCAGCUGCUGUGUGGGAAGAACCGAGCGAAGAGAUCCCUGAGUCCAUGCCUGCCUUCGAGAAGAACGAUGUUAUUACGCAGGACCCAGAGCCAGCUGAAGUUCCAGAAGUCAAGAUGACGGAGGAACCAUCGCCGGUGCAAGAGGAAGUAGGCGAAGCAUCUCCCCUGACACGUGAGCUUAGCAAGAAGGAUAAGAAGAAGGCGAAGCAGCAAGCUGUGCUAUGGGAUGAGCCGAACAUUGAAGCGGAAGAUCUUGCAACUGCGACCGAGGAUCACAACGUUUCCACAGUGGAGCCUGGAGCCAUUAUCACCGAUACAAAUGUCCAUACAGAUGAAGUCCUACCUGAAAGUGUUGAAGAGGUUGAAGAGCCCAAAGAAGAUGCCGCGCCACAUUCCCGCAAGCUCAGCAAGAAGGAGAAGAAGAAGACCAAAACUGCAGCGCUGACUUGGGAUGAACCUGUGCUUGAAUCCCCGGAGUCUGCGGCCAUGAUCGACACUCGCGAUGUCCAGCCAGUAUCAACGGACCCGCAACAGCCAAUUACCGGACAACAGAAAUUUUCUGCCACGCAAGAGAACGAACCAGCCGAACCUGCAGUAGUCCUGUCUGAGCGAACCGUAGAGCCGGAUAGUGAUCUCAUUACGCCUCGCGAGCCCGAAACAUUGUCGUCGGUCGCACCUCCACCUGCUAGCGAUGAAUCGAAUGUUACGCCUUCGGUUGAAGAUGAACCAGCUGUUGCUCCCGCUCUGACCCGCAAACAGAGCAAGAAAGACAAGAAAAGGAAGGGCAAAGAGGCCGCAUUCGAGCCUUCUGAACCUGCCACGCCAGUCGAGAAGCCGGCCGCUGCAGCCAAAUCUGAGGAGCCAAUACCAGCAGAAGUUGAUGACUUCGCAGUCCCUUUGAGCAAGAAAGAUAAGAAGAAGGGCAAGAAGAAGGCUUCUGCUUACGAUAAAAAUGAACCUACUACCUCCGAAGAUCUGCAUGUUGUGCAAGACGAUAAGACUGUCGACUCGUCGAUCUAUGUCCAAGACGCUGAUAGGGCCGAACCUACGCAAGAGCUUCCCACUGAGCCGGUGUCCCACUUCCCAACGACACCACACCGAUCCAUCCCUCUUGCCGAUUAUGAACACCAAGUACCUGAACCCAGUAACGUCGAAAACGUCGCAUAUCAAAGCCAGGGGCAGAUGUCCGCUGCACUUGACGACUCAUCGAAACUACCUGAACCUGAAGCCGAGGACGAGUGGGCACUUCCAUCCAAGAAGAACAGGAAAGAGAAGCGCAAGUCAAAGAAGGUGGGAGCUGCUUUUGAUGCUGAGCCAACGCAAGUCAUUCAGCCAGUUUCUGAGGCGAUCAACGCACCAGCGAUCGAAGCAAAUCCCACCGUGAACCUCCCCGAAACGACAUCUUCCAGAGACGGCGGUGUCCCUGCACCUGUCCCUACUUCCACAAUGGAUCUAUCAGAGCCGUCAAUUUCCCCGAAGGCAUCGAAGAAGAACAAGAAACAUAAGCUUGCUGCCAUGUUCGAGCCAGCUACACCCGAGGAGGUUGAAGCGUCUAAAGCUGGAGCGUCCAAGGCUGAACAUCCGAAGGUCGAGGAAGAAAUCGUCCGUGACAUCCCUGAAAUUAUCUCCGAGAGCGUCCAGGUAGAGCGAUCUGAUGCACCGCAAUCGUUUCCAGAACAACCACGCGCGAAGUCUCCGGAACACAACAUCGACUUCGCCGCUACAGUCGCGGCAGGGUUAAAGGAGUCUGGCUUCGAUACUGACCUAGUGCUCAACGAUCCAUUGUUCCAUCGAUCGACUUCAGCUCAGGGAACCCGCGACAUCGCGCCUGACGAUGACAUAGCGGCUGCGCGCGAUGGAGCCAGCAAGUCCAGGUUCGGCACUCUGGGUCGUUCACCUUCUCCAACAUCUCCCAAGGCCAAAAUACCCUUGGAGAAGAAGGACCCUCAACCUAUAAUGGCAGUCGCUUCCACAAGUGCCCCAACGUUCGAUCCCAUGGACAUCCUCAACGAUCCGACCUUUGCCCAACGCAAGUCCCCACCUGGUGUACUCGAAGAGGCCGAUCCCGAUGAGCUUUGGUCAUCUGGAAAGAAAGGGAAGAAGGUGAAGGGCAAGAAGAAGCGAACUUCCUUGGCACAAGACGAUAACGGUUCUCCGGCUGUUGAGGCUCCAGUGAUUGAGGCUCCCACGGCUGUGCCUUUCGCUGUUGAGACUCCAGCUGAGCCGAUCGUCAAGGAAGUUUCACAUACACCAUCUGGCCCAUUCGUGACAGAGCCGACUGAAGCGACACACGUCAAUGUUGACGAACGCCAACAUGACCGACCCUUACCUGAAGCUACCUUGGAGACGACAGAUGACUUCUGGGACGAGCAGCCGAGGAAGAAGGGCAAGAAAGGCAGAGCGACAUCGAAGCGAACUAGUACUAUAGAGUCAGUCCAUGAGUCCGGGACAACGUCAGGUGCAAUCACUCCGUUUGAGGAGGACUUCGAGCAACAGCAAGCAGUUGAGAAAGACGCAAGGGAGCUAGAGAAGGCUGUAGAGGAGGAUGAAUGGGCAUUGGAGAAGGGAAUAGGCAAGAAGGGCAAACAGGGAAAAAAGAGCAAGGCCUCAGCGGCAGUGGUGGCAGCAGCCGGUGCAGCAGCUCUUGCUGCGGCCUCUAACAAGGAAGAGGGGAAGAAUAAGAAGAGAGAAGAAAUGGAGCUUCCUCCUACGUUUGAUCAGGUUCCAAAGUCUUUGAGUGGUGUCGAGCCGGAGGAGUAUCCAUUCCCUGUCUUGCCAACAUUAGAGGAACAUACACGCUCCAGCAUCCAGGAAAAGAACGCGAAGGAGGUGGAGGUAGAGGAUGAGUGGGCACAGCCAGUCAAGAAGGAAAAGAAAAGCAAGAAAUCGAGAAGGAAACAAGAGAAGGAAGAGGAGGUCGAUGUCUUUGCGAGAUCGCUGGAUGAUACGACUGACAAUGACCGACACGUGUCACGAGGAGAUGCCUCUGAUCCGCGUUCGGUCGAUCUGUCGCUCAAGCAGGAAGGUGCAAGAUACGCAUCUCACCAUCACAAGCGCCGAGAACACCCUGUACCUCCGGAAGCAGAGCCAGAUGAGAAGCGUGUACAUCUUUCAGGACCAUCUCAGCACGAUCUCUCACUUCCUGAAGACCCGAUAUCCUUGAACUCAACGCGCACACAAGACCUUGCACAUCCAAGUACAGAACGAUCAACUCCGGAUAUUGCAGCGCAUGCUACAGGAAUUCGAGGUCACUCACCUGUCAUUGAACCUACCUGGUCAUUUGGUGAUGUACGCGACAGCGGAGUACACGUGGCAGACUCCCCCACAGCAACGAGCGCCCCGCAGCUGCCCACACACUCCGACAUCCGCGAUAGCGGCUACCAUGAUGCGGCUUUCGAGACACCCAGGAAGUCGAAGAAUUCAAUCCCGUCAAUUGAAGAGGAUGGCCGCAACAAGAAGCGACGUUCAAAGGAACCAGAGACGCCCCGACCUGUAGAGAGUCACGACGAGAUGCGAUCGCCGAGCCCAUCGCUACCGGAGCUUCCGUCUCUCGCAGCAGUAUCAUCACCCAAUGCCGUUGACUCUGCAACCCGGGAGCGAUCUUCGUAUCUCUUCGAUUCCUCGCCUUCAACUCGUCAAUAUGGAGAGUCUCCACCCACCGCAUCGAAGUCCCGCUUGGAUAACGUUGCUACCAUUGGAGCCGCUGCGAUCGGUGCAACAGCUGUUGCAGCCGCAGCAUCUGCCCGAAGUGCCCACGAUUCGCCUCGGCGCGAGAAGCAUGCGCCCUCGGAAUCGCACAGGAAGCAUUCCUCGCCUGAAAAGGAAGUCAAGCAGAAGGAGCCCUACAAAUCAAUCUUUGGCGAUCCAACCGAAAAGAAACCGGAGCAAGUCCGAAAGUUGUCGACGCCCUCCAACAAGCACAUGCGUACACCAAGCAGUAUUCUCGACCCUAUCAAGGAGGCCAGUCCAGACGAGUCACCUUUACAGAAGAAGCACGCUCGAAAGGUAUCGGAUGCCGGUUUGCCUGAUCGAGAAGUCAAGUCAGCUCGACGAAGCCAGAGUCCUAAGCCUUUCUCUGAGCGUAUGAAGUCACCACCACCAGUCACACCGACCCCCACGAGCCGCAAGAGGGCCCCUUCGAAAAUCGACACUUCACCACCUCUACAGAGGAAGGGAUCACCAUGGCAGCAAGUUCAUGAGAGUGUCGAUCGUACAAUGACACUGAGUCCCGCCCGCCGACUUCCACACGAUCAGUCUCCAUCAACCACUGAUCCAAUCAAAGUACGGAUAGCAGAGCAGCGCUCGCCAAGUGUGUUCAGCGAUCGUUCCGUCAACAUGAGAAGUCCAAACGACCGCCCACUCAGUGCACUCAGCAAUCGAUCAACAAGUUCUCUGCGAAGGAUUGACAGGAGCAGAUCAGGUGACCUUCGAUCUGCAGCCAAGAUUGGCGAGGCCCGUGCUCAUGACGCUAAGUCGCAACCCAAUCUCGCAGGCAUCGCACUCGCUGCCGGAGCAACCGCAGCCGUCGCCGCGGGUAUCGCAAGCUCUAGUUACAAUCCAGUGAAAGGCGAGGGCAAGGCUCGUGCCGAAAUGCCCGAUGUCUACGAGGCAUGGGGUGAGGCCCAAGGCUCGCCAAUGUCACCGACACGGCCGCCCAGCGUGCGCAAGCGACAAAGCAUCCAAAUCAUGGAUCUACAGUCGCAACUUGAUAACCUCGCGGCCCAGAACAGAUCGCUCGAAGAGGCCAGACUCAAGGCUGAAGAGACGCUUCAGCACGCCUCCCAGCAGCGUGAUGUUGACCAGCAAGUUGUCUCCGAGGCUGUAGAAGCACGUGAUCGUGAACUGCACCAGAAGGACAUCGACAUUGGACAGCUCAGGGAUACCUUAUUGCGCCUUCAACAAGAGAUUGCUAGACUUACUGAGCUCAACAACCAGCUCACGGAUGCCAAUCGCAACCUUACCAAGGACGCCAACGCGCGAUAUGCGCAACUUCAAUCUGAAGGUCAACUUAUACAGGAUCAAUGGCAGCAAUCCACCAGAGAGCUCGAGCAGUUGCGAGCUCAGCACGACCAGCUCACUAGUGGAAUGCAAGCUGCAAUAGCUGCAGAAAUUGGACUUGCCAUCGACGAACGCAAUGCUGAAAUCAAUCGUCUGAACACUGAGCUCAAAGGCGCUCAAGAACAAAUCAAGAAGCUGCAAAAGCAAAUACUGGAGACAAAGCAGCCAAACGAAAGCUUCCUCACGGUACGCGAUGAGGACUACUUUGACAGUGCAUGCCAACAGCUUUGUCAACACGUUCAGCAAUGGGUGUUGCGCUUUUCCAAAUUCUCAGACACUCGUGCUUGUCGCUUGUCAUCUGAAGUUACUGCAGACACCAGGCUGGAUGCCUCAACCCGACAAAAGAUCGACACCCGCUUGGACAACGCCAUCCUCGAUGGUUCGGAUGUCGACAUGCUACUCGCAGAUCGCGUGAAACGACGAGACGUAUUCAUGUCGGUGGUCAUGACCAUGAUUUGGGAGUACGUCUUCACCAGGUAUCUUUUCGGCAUGGACCGAGAACAACGACAGAAGCUCAAAUCGCUGGAGAAGACUUUAUCCGAAGUCGGGCCUACACGCGCCGUGGCUCAAUGGCGCGCCAUCACCCUCACAUUGCUCUCGAAGCGCGAGCCAUUUGUCCAACAACGCGCACAGGACACAGAAGCUGUCGUGCACGAGAUCUACAGCACACUCUCGACCCUUCUUCCACCCCCGUCGCAUCUGCAACGCCAGAUUCAGGAAUCCCUGCGCAACGUCAUGCGCCUUGCUGUAUCGCUUUCCAUCGAGAUGCGCACCCAGCGCGCAGAAUACAUCAUGCUGCCUCCCCUGCAGCCUGAAUACGACACCAACGGCGACCUGGUCGCUAAAGUAACCUUCAACGCGUCCCUCAUGAACGAGCGCUCGGGACAAGAAACUUCGAACGACGAAUUGGAAGCGCGCAAAGCAGUUGUCAAAAUUGUGCUGUUCCCCUUGGUGGUGAAGAAAGGGGAUGACUUUGGAGAGGGAGACGAUGAAAUCGUUGUGUGCCCUGCGCAGGUGCUUGUUGCGCGGCCCAACAAUAAGAAGGUGGUGAGGGUAAUGAGCGGAGCGAUGAGUGUGGAUAGUCGGAAGAGGAGCGCGAUUAGUCUUGCGCCGACGAGCGUUGCGCCUGAGAGCUCGAUUAUGGAUUUGGAUAUGAGCAAUGCAAUUUAG